CAAUAUUUAUCCCUCAGUGGCUGUGUAUAGAACGUGACGUAUUGUUGAUAUUUACUUGACUGAUACUAGUUUAUGAACACCUACGUAAUUCCAAAACAAUGAAGAAAUUGCAAAUGUACAGUUUAUUGUUGAUGUGUUGAAGAAACGUGAGUCAUGGUAGGAGGAGGUGGUGGAGACAGAGACGAUGGAGGGGCUGGAGGAAGGAUUCACCGAGACUAUCGAGGUGGGGGUGAGGCGAGGGGGAGUGGGCGCUACCGUCGAGGCUUGACCCAUCACCGCCACAUCAUCCCGGAGACGAGGUAUCCCAGAACAGGGGCAUCUUGGAGAUGAUGAAGCCAAAGCUGACCCUGAUAAAAUGGAUAUUGUGAAGCAUCUCCGCAUAAAGAUGUAAGUCGAGGAUUCAGUGAAGACUCCAGAAUAUCUAAACAGUUAAGGAGGCUCUCUCGAGAAGAUGACUCAGAACGUUACCUUGCCCAGGUUCAGCAACUACAGGAAUCAAUAAUGCUGAAUGAGAAUGUGAAAUAUGUCCGCCGAAAUGCUGACCACUUAUUGGACUCCUUAUUUGAGAGUCUUCAUGCCGCUCCUUCACCUCCAUGCCGCUGGGAAAUCACACGAUGCAUUGGUCGAGUUGGUCAUGUGAUGGAAGGAGACAUAAAGAGGUAUGUGGAUGUAACUCUAGAUCGAUUGGAGACUUGGAGAGCAGCUGAGAUGAAGGUGUUGGUCUUAAGAUGUCUCUUAGAGAUGCUGCGCUUGGACUCCGAUGGAUCGCAGCUGGAUCAGGUUGGAGAAAAGAUUGUAGAAGGCCUACAAGGAGUAUUAGAAGGGACAGAGACCCCAGAGGUGAUGGUGGCAACUGUUGAUGUCUUGAGAGAACUUAACAGAAACCACAGUCAUAUUCUUAACAACUAUUUCCAAGAUAUCGUGGACAUUUUGGUUGGAUGGCACAUUGACCAUCAUCAGUCUGCUGAGGUGAUGAAGUAUGUCUCUAUGGCUCUUCAGAGUUUCUCUCAGCUAUGGCACAUUAAUGUUCCCAUCUCUACCACGCUCCUCUCGCAGUUUGUUGAGGAUAUGGAAGAUUACUGUGAGGAUUUAGACAGAGGCGUGUCUGGUCGUUCUUCCCCUGAGGAUGAAGCUUCAACAGACCCAGUAGUGUGUGCAAAAAAAGUAGCAGCUUUCAUCAGUGUAUUCACAACUGUUCUUCACUGCCUGGAGCCACAAGUGGACCACACAGUCAACCCGAUCCUUUCUCCAAACUUUCUGGUGGAUGCCCUUGGCAAAAUGAAGUCUGGAGCAGCAAAAAUAUUACGACAUCACUGGGAGGAAGCUCUCCUUGAUGCUCUCAACCAAGUAUGCUUGGUCCUUAUUCCAUAUAGUCAAAACAUGCCAGAACUUCAGGUCCAUUUUUGUGGAGUGGUUGACCUACAACAGAAACUUAUUGUCCAUUUUGGCUUUAUCACCACCCAGUCAUACCUGACACUCCUUACUCAGAUGUUGAAGCAGAUUGGCAGCAGCCUGUUAGUUGAGUUUAUACAAAAAAUUCUGGGUAAAGACUCUCCCCUACGAAUUCUACGGUUAUCCCCACACCUCACAAUAUGGCAGGCAACACUAGGGGUGUAUCAUGCUGUCCUCGGCCUCAAGAAUGUGCCACUCCUUCAGGAAGCAUACAAAUAUAUUUUGGCUGAUUUACAGCUUGCUCACAGUGUACUGGUGCCAGCUGGUGAACCAUUUACCACUACAAAUGUGUUGGAAGGUGUUGUAUAUAAUGAAAAUGAAGCAACAAUUUUACUUAUGUAUUACAUGACAGUUCUUGCAGAGGUGGCUAAUACACGAAACUCUAUAAUUACAAUGUGGGCCCUCACUCCUCCCCUGGUGGACCUCCUGGCUGCUCACCUCACACCAUCCAGCUCACAUCUUGCAUUGCAUUAUCCAGAGGUUCAACACGCAAUAUUAUUCCUCUUGUAUUCUCACUGUGCCAAGCAUUCUCACUACAUAAGCUCCAGUACCCUGAUUGUUGGGGCUUCAUCACCUUUUGUACCACCUACUGUGUCUGCAGCCUUCUCAGGUGGAUCUCCAGGAAGCUUCUCUGGUUCCUCCACCAGUGAGAAUCUGACCACAAUACUUACAACCCUCACCGCUGUUUUCCGCCAGAGGCAAGUAACUGGGGCUAACAUCCUCCAGCUAUGCUUGGAGUGGGCUGCUGAUUUGAUUCGGAGCAGUGAAACAUCUGUACCACAGCUUCUCAAGAUCAAAGUUUUCACUAUGAUGAUUGACACAAUAGUGCAAACUGGCUACCACCAUCUUAACUCUGUGACUGCUGCUGUUGCUACAUGCUUGUCUACAGUUUUCUCAAUAUUACAGCCAUCUCAGAACUUGGAGGAAGUAAUAAAACUGUGUCUCCAUCAUGUAAGCCACAAGGAUUCCAAGAUACGCAGUAUGUAUCUUGACUUGCUGGCCAGGUUACCCCUCAGUACUGUGUCUCAUGCACUCUGUACUGGCAAUGCAACUGAUGAAAAUGAAUACACAGCAAAUAAGGGUGAUUCAUCAUCAAGUGUGGACUUUGGAAGUCUGGAUUCAACCUCUGUCAAGAGUUUGGAGCGUCACUUUGUACUGCGCUCUACAUCUGGUCAGCUGCCAUCCAAUGCCUUCCACACACUUAUGGGUUUUAUUCUUCAUGUGUCACAACCCAAGGGUGAAUUUUGGCAAGAUGAUCUGUUUGCUAUUUGUCAGCGGGUAGAGAGAAUGGCUAAAGCUGAGGACUGGAGUCUGCCUGUUUUAGCCUCACACCUGCACACUAUACUCUGGAAGUGGUUGGCAUGGGAACCAGCACAGCACUGUAUUGCUAGCAAGCUGAGAACAACACUUGGGAAACCCCAAGAUACAUUUACAAGUAUUGAAGGUGUGAUUAAAAGUCGUGCAAAAGAAGUGAGAGAAUGUGGUCAAGAGGUAGAAAAGGGCCAGUCAUCUGGGAAGAGUGAAGAGGAUAAGGUACCCACCAAAAGUUUAAAUGGAACUGAAAAAAAUGAAAGUGAGAAUGGUAAUGUGAAAAUUCAUUCACUGGCUGUAAUGCUACUCGUAGAGUUUGUGGAGAGUCUUGAAAAAGCCAUGUUUAAUGCCAGUGAUGGAUGUGCCGUUGCUGUUCCUCCACCAAACAAGAGUGUUCGAGCUUUCUUUCGGACAAACCGUCAGACAUGUACUGAGUGGCUUAGUCGUAUACGUGCAGCCGUUAUAAUUGUUGCACUAAACUGUGGACGACCAGAGGUAGCAAUAAGACACUCAAACAAACUUCUCCAAGAACUAAAAGAUAACAAUAAUACUCAGGGAAGUGACUUUGAGCGAGCCAUCUGUUACUGUGCCCGAGCUCUAGUGGCUGAAGGAUGUGAUGAAGGAGUGACGGGUCUCUAUCACUGGUGUCGAGAUCACAUUGGCCGGAGAUUUGCCUGGCUUAAACCUGCAAUCUACAGUGCAGGCAAUAAGUAUGAAAAGUCAUUGAGGGGCUACUUGCAUUUCUUAGAUGGCAUAGAAGAAACAGAAGAAACUGAAAAAGAAAAGACUGUGGAAGAUGAGUCUGGGACAACACAUGUUGGAACAGGCAACCAAGCAGAUGUUAAGCAGUUAGAUCCUCUCAUCCAAGAAUUCAUUUAUUCCCAGAUUGCAGAAUGUUACAGUAAACUGAGCCAGUGGGGAGAACUGCAGAAGUGGAUGAUGCAAGUUCGAAGUAAUCAGAAAGAUCCAGAGAGCACUACAGUCCAUUCUGGUCUUCUCAAUACCUACCGGAACCUUGCACAUGUUCAAGCUUUGGCACACUUUGACUCUGCAGAUCCUGUAGGAGUAACAGCUAGUUUGAGUAACUCUGUGAAUUUGGUGGAUUGGUCAAGAGGUCAAAAUUGGGUUAUGUGGAAGAGGUUCCAAGACAUUAAUACUGUCCUCCUUCAUUCUUUCACCUCAGCAGUAUAUCCCCAGCCAUCCACAUCAAGGGAAUCCAUAGGAAAGAUUGUGUCUGAGUGUCAGGAACAGGUAGAGUGGCUCUUGCAGUUGUCCACUUUAUCUUCACAUUCAACAAUGCAUCUUCACUUGCUGCUGUUCCACCAAGUCCUUCAUGAGUUAAGGAGUAUUUUGGAUGAGAGUAUGGGAGUUGGUCGUCUACACGAAGGUUGGGAAAACACCAAUCUUGUGAGUCUGCCGGCUGACCUCAUUCCUCAUGUUUCUCGCUGGGCCAAGCUUAUUGCUCGUCUCAACCGAACAGUCACACCAACCUCAAUUACAAAGUUGGAUCUCUUGUCUGCCAAACAAGCUCGCAAGCAGGAGAAUAUGGACUUUGCUGAGAGUACCCUUAUAGGCCUUCUGGGAAGUGUUAGCUCAAGUUUGGCUGAUGCUGCACUGGAAAUUGUACCUGGUGCUGAAUAUAAUCCAUUACAGGCAAAAUUGCAUAGGGAAGCAGCUAAGAUGCUUGCAUGUAAAGGACAUGUUGCUCAGGGGUGUGCUGUGCUUGCUGAAGCUGUUGUUGGUCUAAAUCCCAGCUUGGCAACCUUGGCAGCAACAGACACCACACUUCUCACACUUCCCCCCAAUGAAGCUGGUCAUCUGUGUGCACGUUCCAUCGUCACCCUCAACAAAUGGUGGUCACAGGAUGAGAGACGACUUCUAAUGCUGUGUGGAGAUUCAUCAACCCCGAUUCCUCCAUGGAUAGAGAAGCUCCAUGCAGUUUAUCAGGAGAUGAAAGAAUUUGCACCAGAAGAGUUACAACCUCUAGCAGAAGUUAGUCACUCCACACUGCCACCACUGGAGAGCAAGAUGGGUCACAUCCUUACUCUAGCAGCCACACAGUGCCCUACACUACCCAAAGUUUGGUUCCACAUUGCUUCUUGGUGUUUCAGAUGGGGCAGGAGAAUUCUUGAGCACAGUUGCACCAAUGAUGAUCAACUGUCAGAAUCUGAUCGCAAAUGCGUCGAAGAAAUUCUUGUCCCAGCUCUUGGGUUAGAUUCGACUGAUUGCCAGCAGAGAGUGGAGGAAAUGUGUUUACUCUUGGGAAAUAGAAAAACAGGACAACAGCCAGAAGAGGAAGAGGAAGAAGAUCUCCGGCUGGAGGAAGUGCAAGGAGCCCACCAGGUGGGAUCUCAGAUAACAUCUACACUUCAGUGUUGGGGUUUGUCAAAUGCUGUGAUCACAGAACUCACUUCCCCUCUGCUGGAAGUUCAUCGAGCAGUUCAAGAGCGACAUUACACCGUUCUGGUAGCAGCUGCUAAAGCCUAUUUCCGGUUCCUCAAGAUCAGUCAUGGGUUUACUGUGAGCCAUGCAGACCAGUGUACAGUAUCUACUUUACGUCUCCUGAGGCUUAUGGUUAAACAUGCCUCAGAACUUAGAGACGUGCUGGAAAAAGGACUGGCAGAAACACCUACACGACCAUGGAAGACUAUUAUUCCACAGCUGUUUGCACGGUUGAAUCAUCCUGAGCCAUAUGUUCGAGGGAGCAUUUCAGAACUUUUGUGUCGCCUAGCUGAGGACUUCCCACACCUUAUUGUGUUUCCUGCAGUGGUAGGAUCAGCUGGUGGAAAUGUUGCUGCAAAUCAGGCUUCACUAACUGAUAUGUUAGCUAAAUAUUUACACAAAGGAAAACUUAGGGGAAAAAUGAAACAGGCACUUGGAGAUGAGGAUGAGGAUGAAGAGGAAGAAGAGGAGGAGGAGUUUGACCAGGUAGAAGAAGAGGAAGAAGAGGAGGAGGAGGAGGAAGAGGAAGAAUUAAUAUCAGAAUCCACAGAGGAGCAAGAAAGAAGAACUCUGAUGCGGAAUUGUUUUUCUGCCUUGGUUGACACCCUGACAAAGCAGAUUGGGUCCAGCAUUAGUGAGGUGCAGAUGCUUGUUCAUGAGCUGCGACGCAUUACUGUGCUGUGGGAUGAGCUUUGGCUUGGAACAUUGGCACAGCAUCACAGCGAUAUGUCCAGAAAGUGUCACCAGUUGACAGCAGAAAUAGCACGUCUCAACAACAACUCAUCACUCUCACAGACAGAGAAACAGCAGCUUAUUAAAAAGAAAUAUGACAUUAUAUUUAAACCACUGUUGUUUGUGCUCGAUCAACUUGCUGAUAUCACCUCCACCCCACCAGAGACGCCUAACGAACAUCAUUUCCACGAUACAUACGGCUCACAGAUUUCUACAGCAUUGUCUAAUUUAAGGGAACCAGAGAGUUAUUUUGAUCCCCAGUCUGCUCUCUCAGGCUUACGGCAACUACAUCAAAUGCUUCAGCAAAAAGCUCACCGUAGAGCAUCAUCAAACCUGAAAAUGGUUGACGUAUCCCCCAAAUUGGCAAACCUUCACAACACCAAGAUUGCCAUGCCUGGUGUGGUGUCUGCCAGUCAACAGGUAAUCACUGUGGCUGCUGUUGAUGGGAAUAUCUCCAUUCUACCCACAAAGACAAAACCCAAGAAGCUUAGUUUUCAGGGAUCUGAUGGCAAAAAGUACACCUACCUAUUUAAGGGUUUGGAGGACCUGCAUCUAGACGAGCGUAUCAUGCAGUUUCUUGAGAUUGUCAACACCAUGUUAGCAAAAAAUCAGAGAGGCAAAGAUUGUGUUUACCGAGCACGUUACUACUCGGUGGUGCCACUUGGACCACGAUCAGGGCUUAUCCAGUGGGUUGGUAGUGCUACACCUCUGUUUGGUCUCUACAAGCGCUGGCAACAACGUGAAGCUCAUGCCAUGUUGCUGAAGACUCACUCCUCUGCAGUGUCUAUACACCCUCAAGCUCCACCACAGGUUCCGCGACCCUCAGAAUUGUACUACAACAAACUGACUCCUCGCCUGCAGGAAGCUGGUAUUAGCUUAGAUAACCGGAAAGAAUGGCCACUGGCUGUAAUGCGAGAUGUGCUGAAAGAUCUUAUCAAAGACACCCCUUCAAAUUUGCUCUCUAGAGAGUUGUGGAUGUGCAGUGUAAGUGCAGGAGAUUGGUGGCACCUCACACUGACAUACUCCAUCUCAACAGCAGUCAUGUCUAUUAUUGGUUAUAUCAUUGGGCUUGGAGACAGACAUCUGGAUAAUGUCCUUGUCAAUCUUACUUCAGGAGAGGUGGUCCACAUUGACUACAAUGUGUGCUUUGAAAAGGGCAAGAACCUCCGUGUGCCAGAAAAAGUUCCCUACCGGAUGACUCACAACAUAGAAGCAGCACUUGGGGUCACCGGAACUGAGGGUGUCUUCAGAAGUGCUUGUGAACAAGUGUUACGUACUAUGCGCCGAGGGAGAGAAACACUACUAACACUCCUGGAAGCAUUCAUAUAUGACCCUCUAGUAGACUGGACACCAGACAGUGAAUCAGGAUAUGCUGGUGCUGUGUACGGUGGUGACCAGGCACUAGUAUCAGGUGCACGGCAAAGUCGGCAGCAGCUUGAGCGUGGCCUCACCCUUAGCAUGUUUGCUGUCAGGAUGGCAGAGAUGAAGGCUGACUGGAUAGCCAACAAGAUGGAGGUAUUGGCUGCAAUCCCUGAGGUGGAAGGAAGUCUUGGUGAGUGGCAGAAGUCUCAUGAAGAACUUGCUGAAGCAGAGGCCAACUUACAAGAUGGACAUCACCUAAUGGCAGUGCUUAAGGAAGCAGAAGCCAACCCACAACAUAGUUUAUACAGUCUGAGACCUCGCUAUGAAGAAUACUCAAUGGUGAAGAAGUCCAUUGACCAUGCCAAAGAUCUUGUCAAUGCCCGUGUCUUGGAAGUAAAGCAGUGGCACAACCUAUACCUGACUGCCGCUAGAGUUUUUGAAAGUGGACAGGCAGGUGAGUGGCGAGGAAAGGUCAGCAGCAUGGGGAGUCUCCAGCCUAGUGUGGCACCCGUAAAUGAGUUCUUAACCAAGGCUGGUCAAAGUCAACUGGCCACACAAUGUGAACAUACAGAAGUUGAGUUAGGGAAAGUGAUAAAUCAAGUGCAAGGUGUCCUCAGUAGCAGUCUAGACCUGCUGAUUAAAUAUGGAGGUGUGUGGGUCAAUUACCCUGCUGACCACUUAACACGCCACCGCCUCUCACAGCAGCUGGUAUGGCUCGCCUCCCUUCUUCAAGAUUUUUCAUUGAAUAAUGUUCAGAUGGUGAUCAGCAAGAGUCACACAGAUGCUCCAGAUGCCAGUACAGUGAGCCACGUGUGUAGUGUCGACAUGGAACUUCACAACAAAGCCCUGCAAAUUAGCUCCCAAAUUCAAAAGGUUUAUGAAAGAAUGAGAGCUGAGGGCCUCAAUGACAGAGGUGUCGUGGUGAACACAGUUCAGGAGACAUCGUUGGCAAUAUCAGCAUUAGUAACUGACCAUGGAAUAUCAGGAGUGGCAGCCAUGACAUGUGCACUCCUUAAUUCCCUCACACAGCUCACAAGUGCCAGGUUACGUGCAGACAAGACUGCAGCUGGUACUGGAGAGGGUCUAGUAGACUUAACCAUCGGAGGACUGUGGUGGUUAAGAGAGAGUAUGGUGACACUCGGUGGGAUGGUGGAGCUGGUGACUUUCCUCACCACACACUCCCCACCAACAUAUCCUCAAGAGACACCUGUUAUACAAGCCAUAUCUGCCCUUCAUGAUGUGUUUGCCAGCCUUCAUGAGCUGGUCUUAAACACAAGUGGAAUUAUCAUCGUAGAAGGCGUGCGACUGUUCUGGAGAGGAGAGCCAUCUGUAGUUAAUUUGGCCACUGAACUUCAAUCUGUUGUGUCCAGUGCUCCUACUCCGCCUGCCACACUUUGUCAACAACUCACCACACAUCUCCGUCUAAUGAUCCUCAUGAUGCCUCCUCGCCAUGAGGAUGCCCUGCAGGAGGCAACAGCACUUCAUCACAAGUUAAUUGAAGUCAUUGAAAAAAUCACAUCAGGAGGAAGCAACAGUGCAUCUUCUAGUGCAGAUAUGAGCCAAGGGCAGAUGCUCCUUAUGGGCUUCCACUUAUUAUUUGAGGCUGUAGAGACACAGUUGGAUCAGUUGAUGGAUGCUGUGAGUCAUGCUCCUCUUCCCCAGCCCUGGCCUAGGGUUGACACAGCAAGAGAAGCUGCUGAGAUAAUGGCUCCUUUACAAGAUCCAGCUCUUCGACAAGUACUACGAUGCUUGCUGCGUGUGAAGAAGGUGCAGACCAUUGUUGAAUUUUUCACCACUGCAUAUCAGUCCUCUCCUUCAUUCAAGAGAGAUGAACCAUCUAGUAACAGGAACAAAAAUAACUUGUGCGAUGAAGAACGACUCCAAAGAAUUGUUCGUCGAUACGCCAGUGACUGUGUGUCCCUCCUGUUGCUGGGUCUUCCCUCACACCUGGCAACUCACUUACUCUUACUGCACAGCCAGAAGCUUGGGAUAAAUGUGACUGGCUACAUAGAGGCACGAGACGUAGGUACAGAGGGUCGAGUCAGCUUAGAAGGAGUAGUUCAAGAAGCACUAGAAUGCUGUAUGACUCGGCAUGGCCUGGACCCAGUUCUUCCCGCCUCUGCUGCCACCACACUGACACACCACUUGAACGCUGUCCGAAAAAAGUUGCUCCUCAGACACUGGGAAGCUGAGGCAGAGGGAUUGCGGACAACUCACCAGAGAGUAACUGCUCAACACCUCGGUCAUCAGUGGCACUACGAAGACAUUUUGAAGCAGCGUGUUGUUGCCCCUCCUGUACAACCAAGUCGGAGUGCCCUUCUUGGAGAUUUAAGAAGUAGUGUGAGUAAACUUCUUGCUUUACACCAGAAUGUUUCUGAACUGCGGGAGAAAUACACUAAUCUAACGGGAAAUGUUGAACAGCGUCUCAAAUGGGCUGCUGGUUCCAACCCAUCAAUUGCCAAGGCACUGGAAGAAUUUAGCAGUGGUGUUGAAAUAGCAUUAAGUGGUGUAGCUGAGUUGCUGCAGAGGAGUGAAGAAGUUGCCUCGCUGUGUAAUGCUGUGUUGCACUAUGAAGCUGUGCGCACACACACUGUUGAUGCCAUCACCUGGGAUGGCAGUUUCACCUCAGUACUGAAUACAUGCCAGGAAAGCUGCAUGUUACUUGAACGCUACCACACAGCUGUAAACCCUCAAGAGGAAGUAUUGGUGUCUCUGUGUCCUCUACCGGCAGAUGUCAACACUCACUGGAUCCAACACGCAUCAGUUGCUGUUUCAGAUCACAUAGAACUUCUGACAAAGUUGGUGGGUGAUCAGAGUGGAGAGUUAAGGAAAUCUGUAGACAGUGUGCGGUCUUCUGUCAUUUCUUUGCGCAUCCAUCUCACCACACAUCAUAAAUUUAUGUCUGAUAUCCGAGCUCUCCUUAAGAGUAUGGCAAAGUUUGAAGGUGAAGGUGGCUUAGCUGGUGUUGAGGACUAUCUUGCUCUCUAUCGCAGUUAUUCAGAAACUAUUUCAGGACUGAUUCGACAAAUGCUCCAUGAUCCUUUAACACCAGAUAAAGCUUCUGUCUACCUUCAGAAGCUAAGGGAUGUCACUACUCAGACUGGGACUAUAUAUGAUCGUCUCGUCGAAUUUGGCAACCAGUGUGUUGUUGAAGAAAAGCAAGAGGAAACUGAAGGUCAGAGAGAGAACAGUGGAGAAUCUCGCAGGCCGCCCUUACUACGCCAGUCCAGUGUUGUAAUGUCUCCCACCAAAACUUCUACUCCAGACUCAAGAAGCAAAGUUAAGAGGCAUCCUCUUACAGGAAGAGCUGUCCAAGAACACAAUGCUUAUGCUUUGAAUGUUUGGCGACGCGUCAAAGUAAAGUUGGAAGGAAGAGAUUUAGAUCCAACAAGAAGAGCAUCAGUUUCAGAACAGGUUGAUUACACCAUAAGAGAAGCAACAAACCUGGAUAACCUAGCAACACUAUAUGAAGGUUGGACACCAUGGGUAUAGGGAAUACAGUAUAGCAUCAUCUGUCACUUAAAAUAAAUUGUUCAUAAUUUGUACUUCUGAGAAGAUUACAAGAAAUUAAACAUU